CACUAUGGGUCCUCCUCUGAAGCUCUUCAAAAACCAGAAAUACCAGGAGCUGAAGCAAGAAUGCAUCAAAGAUGGAAGACUUUUUUGUGACACAACUUUUCUGCCUGAGAAUGAUUCACUGUUCUACAACAGAUUGCUUCCUGGGAAGGUGGUUUGGAAACGACCUCAGGACAUCUGUGAUGAUCCCCGUCUUAUUGUGGGCAACAUUAGUAACCAUCAACUGAUCCAAGGAAGACUGGGGCACAAGCCAAUGGUUUCUGCAUUUUCCUGCUUGGCUGUUCAGGAGUCUCACUGGACCAAGACAAUUCCAAACCACAAGGAACAGGAAUGGGACCCUCUGAAACUAGAUAAAUAUGCAGGGAUAUUUCGCUUCCGUUUCUGGCAUUUUGGAGAAUGGACUGAGGUGGUGAUUGAUGACCUGCUGCCCACCAUCAAUGGAGACCUGGUCUUCUCCUUUUCCACCUCCAUGAAUGAAUUUUGGAAUGCUCUGUUGGAAAAAGCUUAUGCAAAGCUUCUUGGAUGUUAUGAAGCCCUUGAUGGUUUGACCACCACUGAUAUUAUUGUGGAUUUCACUGGAACCUUGGCUGAAACCAUUGACAUGGAAAAAGGAAGAUACACUGAGCUUGUUGAGGAGAAGUACAAAUUGUUUGGAGAAUUGUACAAAACAUUUACCAAAGGAGGUUUGAUCUGUUGCUCCACUGAGUAUCCCAGUCAAGAGGAACAAGAAGUUGAAACUGAUUGGGGACUUCUGAAGGGCCACACUUACACCAUGACAGAUAUUCGCAAGACACGUCUUGGAGAAAGACUUGUGGAAGUUUUCAGUGUUGAGAAGCUGUAUAUGAUUCGCCUGAGAAACCCUUUGGGAAGGCAAGAAUGGAGUGGUCCUUGGAGUGAAAUUUCUGAAGAGUGGCAGCAACUGACUGCAACAGACCGUAAGAAUCUGGGACUUGUUAUGUCCGACGAUGGAGAAUUUUGGAUGAGUUUGGAGGACUUUUGCCGCAACUUUCAAGAAUUGAAUGUCUGCCGCAAUGUGAACAGCCCUAUUUUUGGGCGCAAGGAGUUGGAGUCGAUGGUGGGAUGUUGGACUGUGAAUGAUGAUCCUUUGAUGAACCGUUCAGGCGGUUGCUAUAACAAUCGCGAUACCUUCCUCCAGAAUCCCCAGUACAUCUUCACUGUGCCUGAGGAUGGCCAUAAGGUCAUCAUGUCACUUCAGCAGAAGGAUGUGCGUACUUACCGGCGCAUGGGAAGACCUGACAAUUACAUCAUUGGCUUUGAGCUAUUCAAGGUAGAGAUGAACCGCAAAUUCCGCCUCCACCACCUCUACAUCCAAGAGCGUGCCGGGACUUCCACCUAUAUUGAUACACGCACAGUGUUUCUGAGCAAGUACCUGAAGAAAGGCAACUAUGUGCUUGUUCCAACCAUGUUUCAGCAUGGUAGAACCAGCGAGUUUCUCCUGAGAAUCUUCUCUGAAGUGCCUGUUCUGCUCAGGGAGCUGACUCUGGAUAUGCCCAAAAUGUCCUGCUGGAAUCUGGCUCGUGGUUACCCAAAAGUGGUCACACAGAUCACCGUUCACAGUGCUGAAGGUCUGGAAAAGAAGUAUGCUGAUGAAACUGUCAACCCCUAUUUGGUGAUCAAGUGUGGAAAGGAAGAAGUCCGUUCCCCUGUGCAAAAGAAUACUGUGCAUGCCAUUUUUGACACCCAGGCCAUUUUCUACAGAAGGACCACUGACAUUCCUAUCAUUGUGCAGGUCUGGAACAGCAGAAAGUUCUGUGAUCAGUUCUUGGGGCAAGUUACUCUGGAUGCUGAGCCCACCGACUGCCGUGAUCUAAGAUCUCUGUACCUGCGCAAGAAGGGGGGUCCGACUGCCAAAGUCAAACAAGGCCACAUCAGCUACAAGAUCAUUUCCAGCGACGAUCUGACUGAGCUCUAAGUACUUAGCUCCCAUGAUCCUGACAGAGCUUUCCAUCACUUAUUUUCUGUCAGAUGCCUGAUUUCCUCUAAGAUUCAUAAUCUUUUGUAACCAAAAAAUCACAGCGAUUAAUUUUUCUUUUCUUUGAUCAGUUUUCCAUACCUUGCAAUCUAAGUAGCAUCUGCUACAUAACCUAUAUACCUCCAGCAGCUGGACAGGAGGA